CAUUGGCUCAAAUUAGACUUAUACUACAGGCUCCAAAACUGCUGUCUAGUUAUUUUACCAGCAUCUCUGGCAUUGCUUAGCUGGCACAGAUCCUUCAAGAAGACAUGUCUUUAGGCCUGGAGCUCAUAGGAAUCGUGUCAUGUGUGCUGGGCUGGCUUUUGGCCAUCGUGGCUUGUGCUCUCCCCAUGUGGAGGGUCACAGCCUUCAUCGGCUCCAACAUCGUGACGGCUCAGAUUAUCUGGGACGGCCUGUGGAUGUCCUGCGUGGUUCAGAGCACUGGACAGAUGCAGUGUAAAGUCUAUGACUCCAUGCUGGCUCUCUCUCAGGACCUCCAGGCAGCUCGAGCGCUGACUGUCAUAUCCAUCCUUCUGACCGUCCUGGCUGUGCUGGUGUCCAUCGGAGGAGCAAAGUGCACUAACUGCAUUGAGGAAGAGUCAUCUAAAGCUAAAGUCAUGAUUCUAGGAGGGGUGCUGUUCAUCGUGGCUGGGCUUAUGCAGCUCAUUCCCAUAUCCUGGUCUGCCAACAGCAUCAUCAGGGACUUUUACAACCCUUUGCUGCCUGACGCUCGUAGACGGGAGCUGGGAGCAGCGCUCUACAUCGGCUGGGCAGCAGCUGCGCUCCUGAUUUUGGGAGGCUCGCUGCUUUGUUGCUCCUGCCCUCCACAGGAGAAAAAAUACAACCCGUCUCGGAUGCCGUAUCCUGCGUCUCGCUCGACAGGUGGGGGAGGAUAUGACAGAAGAGACUAUGUUUGAAACAACGAAAAGAUGACUCUGGAUUCAGUGUUGCGGUGCUCAAUACAUGAGCAUCAUUUUCUGGAAAAGAAGUAAAAUAUGCCACGCAUUCUACAUCAUGGGAGAAACAUGUCUGAUGAAGUUGUUUGAUGUUUUUGGUCUCCAUGUAAGUGUGAUGCUGGCUGUUCCGAAUAUAAGGACACUGACAGUGAGAAAUUACCUUUUGUAAUUGGUAUGAAAAUGCAAACUAGGAGUGUUACACUCGACUGAAAUCUCAACGAAGCACCAUUUUCAGUCAACUGAGGUGUAUAAAGUUGAUGUUGUGUUUGUUGCUUUUUUGUUUUAGUUUUUUAUUCUUCAUUUGAACUAGUUGCACUAAGAAUUUAUAUCUAAUUUAGAUUCAUUUUUGAAUGUGUGUUCACUAUAUGUUGUAGAAUUUAAAAUGUCAUUAUCCUUUUUUUUUCUGAAACCAUUAACUAGACAUACUAUAUGAUUCAAACUGUAAUUUAUUUAUAUGAUUGUUCUUAUCUAGUACAAAUGGAAUUUGAGAAGAACAUACAUUUCAUUAUUGAUUUAUAAACAUUUCCAGCUACAAAUUUGUAUGCUAAAAUUUAAUACACUAAGCUAAAAGCUGGCCCUAGGGUCAUUUAAGUGUGGCCCAGAAUUGUGGAAGGAGAGUUGAAAUGGUGGGAGUUUGAGUGUUUUAUUUGUGAGCACUGACGCAGAAAGAACAGCUGAGGAGUACAGGUUUCUGUAAGGUAAUUUUGUCCUACAGUGUCCAUAUUGUAGUCUGUGUAGGCUGAUAUGUAGUGCUGAACAUCAAGAUGUUGUACCUUUGUGUUCGAGUACAACAAUA